AUGCCCCGAAAGGAAUUGCAGGCCUGGCGCGACAUGGUGUCAGCAUACACAGACACCUUGAUCAUUCAAUACGGACCCAAACCUGAAUCACUUGAGUACAUACAAAAAUGCAUUGCAGCUCUUCCUAGACACUAUACUCGGACUUCAAAGCCCGAUAUAGAUGACUCCAAAGCAAAGUCUAUUACAUUUACAUCACCCAACCUUGAACUACGGUUCAUUCCCUUCCAUCCUCAACUAACUGAAUUGGUAAAGCAAUGCAAGCUAGUCAUUUCUCAUGCUGGAACAGGCUCUAUUGUUGACGUUUUGAGAUGCAACAUUCCGUUGAUAAUAGUCACCAAUAGCUUGCUUAUGAAUAAUCAUCAACUAGAAGCAUCGGACGAAUUCAGUGUGCGCCACAACUACUGUUUAAGCUGUCAGGAUUGCGAGCUUCCACAGCAUAAACUUGAACAGCUUAUCAAGGAUGAGAAAUGGCAACAUUUGGACCAAUUGCCUCCACCAAACGGUGCCAUAGUUGGACACAUCUUAUAUGAUGAAAUGGGGUUACCCGGACCUGAAAACUAA